AUGGAUAAGAUACUUCACAGAAGAAGAAAACGUUGUCUUAGUGACGCAGAAUUAAAAGAGAUAGGAAGAGAUGAAUGUCGGUUCCAAGCUGUUCGGAAGGAAGCUGAAAACAACUGCCUAAGCAUUGAGUGUUCGCCCCAUUCACAUCAUUCGUGUUUGCACUACCCACUGCUGUCUGCUAAGCCAGCUCGACUAGGACGAAUCAUGCCUUUGGCUAUCGAUUUGCUGCACCCUGAUCCAGAGAUUGAGCGUCAGCGCCACAAGCUCAAGCGACUUGUUCAGCAUCCCAACAGUUACUUUAUGGACGUCAAAUGCCCCGGAUGUUUUAAGAUCACAACUGUCUUUUCCCACGCGACUACGGUCGUUGUCUGUGUUGGAUGUAAUACCGUACUGUGCACGCCGACCGGAGGAAAGGCACGCUUAACGGAAGGUUGCUCAUUCCGUAAGAAGCAGCAUUAA